GCCCGGUUGUUGCUAGAAACAGAAGAACCGAGUGCUUCUUCAAGACGAGGGGCACCAGUAGCAAGCUGCCCCUGCUUUAGUGGUUUCUCACAAAUACAGAACUACUCUUCACCUAUUAGAGCUCCUCCUUACUACACUAUCAAAUUUUGAAUUCGUUUGCACUUUUGAACUUUUAUUUCCCAUCAUCGAGGUAGUUCGGAAUCGGAUCCCCCCUGAAGUUUUGCCAGAAGAAGUAGCAAACGGUCUUCACAACUUGCCAGGACAGUUCUUCGCUUCUUCUCUCCCGACUCGACACACCGCCGGCCAAGGAUAAAUAACGUCUCCUCCCGAAAGCUUUAGCGUCGAUCAGCAUGGUGGUGCUUUCUGCAUUUUGUCGCGCGGAAACGCCGCAGCUACUACUGGCGCUGGAGUACAACGACGCGCGGGCUAACAUUUGUUGAAGAACAAGGUGCUGCGGGAGACCAACGCACUAGCGCGAAGAAGAUCAUGUUCGUGCAAACACCACCAACUCCGAGUUCCCCGUCGCGGGGGCCGAAGGUGAGUAGACAUGUUAACAGCAACCGCGGCGCAGGCAGUUAUGCUGCGGGGAGUAGUAGUUGCAGCACUUCCACCGCUGGAACAGGAAAAAGCUCCUCAACAGUCGGACGGGGACCACACAACUCCUGGCAGGCUGUACUAGGUAGUAAAGUCACGCGAAGUAGUGCGACGCGUAAUUGUGGACCGUCCGGAUCAGAAAUACUACUUGCCAGUCGGAACAAAAUUAUAUCGAGCUCUUCAACGUCGGCAUCUAAAACCUCAAAAGCGGAGCAGCAGCUUCAGAAGUUCUUUUCUGGCAAUUAUCUGGACACCAGCAGGAGCCCAACGACGGCUAGCGGCAGGGAAAUGUUAAACCGGCACGAAACUGUAGUAGAAGAGCAAGUGUGGAAAACAAAGCGGAAGAGAAAAAGAAAACGGCUGAGAAGUUCCAGCACCACCGGAGAGCACCGGAAACAGGUGCUGUCUUCAAGGAUAGAAGAAACGGAGGAAGCAGACGAGGUGGCUUGUAGUGGAGCAGCAGGUCCGGGAACAAGAGAAACGAUACCACAAAGUUGCCCUGAAAUAGUUUCUACAAUAAAACCCUCCGGAUCUUCCUCAUCACCUGUAGAUGCAACCGUCGAUAAUUUGUUCACAGCACCGACAUUCACCCAGCAUCGCGAAGACGCAGAGAGAAAUCUUUCGCCUGAGCAUGUAGAACAAGAUGGUGUCGAAGGACUUCUUGUGCGAGAAGAUGAAAAAUUUGUUCCUGCUGCCAGUGGUUCUUGUAGUAAAAAGCGUUGUGGUUUUCCUUCUGCCACUGGUCGUGCUACUUCCUCCACAUCUUCCGCAUCGACGACGUCGAGCCCUAGUUCUUCCACAUCCACCUCGCUCCGCCAUGGCAGCAGAACAAAAUACCCGAAGACAGAAAACAAGAGAACGACCUCCAGCAGGACCUGCAAAGGACUUUUAGCUCAUCAAGGUGUGAUAACAGCGUCGAAGAACAAGGCAGCAUCACCAGGCCGCGGGAGCAGCAACACCACAGCGCCCGAAAGCGACACCAGCACGGGGAAAAUACAAAGAAACGAGCCCGGGAGUUGUGCGGAUGAGGAUUCACAGUCAGCAACACAAGGUGUUUCCGGUAAGGACAACAAACCUCUUCGCUGCCUGAAGCGAAUACGGCACCGGCGCACGAAGCAAAUGUGGUGGCUUUUUCUCCUCACGCAGCCCUUUCGCACGGGCACUUUAGCAAACGAGUCGCCGACCAUAGCGAACCUCCGCGGCGGCACGGGCACAGCGUCAAGUUCUUCCUCGGGUGCCAGUCGGGUGAGUAGUGGUGGUACUGGAUCAGAAACAGCAAGUUCCGCAGCUUCUGCUUCGCUCGACGGGGCGGAAGACGGGAUAGAACCGGGAACCGAGGACGAAAAUCAAUCGAAAUACUCCGCCUCUAAUUUCGAGAACAUACACCCUCUGGUCCCAAAACAGCACCGGAACCGGUACAGUAAGAGACAAGGAGGCAGAACGUCCGCCACUACCGGCGGCGAACUAGUGGACGACUUCGGGAACACGGGCGAAUUUCCACCGGGAGCAGGAGACCAGCUGCAGCCGCAAGGGUUUUCGCGGAAGUUCGACUGGUUGAGAAGACGGUUAGUCGUCGUCCCCUCGGGCGGGAUCUACUGGACGGGCAACGCGGGGAUCGCCCGCGAUUCUAUGUCGCUCUACACCUAUCCGACGUCCGCCAGGUUUGCGGAGCUAGAUACCACGGCUUCGGUCACCGCGGGUGAUUUCACGACCACCAAGCACGUGCGGGAAUCCGCGGAGGAAUACAAGGCUCUGCAACUGCGGUUCUCCAAGGCCUCCGCGCACACGUGGCUGUCCGGGCUGCAGAACUCGUUGCGGACGCGUUUUGUCGGAAACACGGUGACGAAAACGACCGCAGAGGGGAGCAACCACUGCCAGGACAACCAGGCAACCGUCCCCGGGUGCUCGGUGAUUAGCAACGCGUGGUGCCAGAACGGGGGAAAGGCGCUGCCCGCGACGAACGCCUUUUCCACUGGUGGAGCUAUCAAAUGCAAAAAUGUCUGGGUCUGGAAGAUUCUGAGAUUUAUUGUCAUGCAUAUUUUGCAUGACCCAGGAUGUCUGUUUCUGUAAUGCACGACCUAGCAUCACAGAUUCUUCGAGGGCUUCCUGAUGCCUACUCCGCAUGACAAAUGCCCUCCCCGCGUAGCAGAGACGAGACCUCUCUUGCUGGUCAUGCAAUACAGAUUUUUUUCGAGUCCAAAGUUAGCAUCACAAGUUCCAACCUUCCAGACCCAGACAUCUUUACAUUUGAUAGGAGCGGACAACGAACAGAACGGGUGGCUGCAGUACGGCACACCCACGUCCGAUUCGACCGCGCUGAAAUUUCUGAUGGGCGGGUUUUUCCGCAUUUGCGUGUCCGGCGACGGGUCGUUUACCACCGGGAACGUGGACGUGUGGCCGGUGGAGGCGGAAAUCUACGGCGUGUACGACCACAACUACGCCGCUGGCACCGUGGACUACUUCGGAACCACGAAAAAGUACUACUGCUACCUGCUAAGGAACCAGCACAACAACCCGACCAACACCUACACCUACCAGUCCACGCACUGCGUGGUCGCGUUCGACGGGGCGAACCAGGGCUGGGUGGGCAUCGGCGAAACGCAGUACAAGGGCAGUUGGGGCCCGUCCUUUGACACGGCCACGCCGACAGCAGCGCAGUUGUGCGGCCAGUCGACCUACGCCACGCAGAUCUGCAUGAACGGCGGGGCGGGCGGGGACUGCAACACGCCCGUGGAAUCCGGGGCGGCCAACCGACUGAAACUCGCGGUGCAGCAAAGGGGGACGGGAAGGUUCCACCUGCCGUCCACGAAGAACACGCUGACCGGAGGCGCGACGGACGGGUCCGGCUUUGUCCCCUUUUCUACCGCGGCUUGUUGGUGUCCCGCAGCGAGUUGCUUAGCUUCCUCGCCGUUGCAGUACUCGCAGAUGCUGGGGACGGUGCACUUCUACACCGCGAAAACCUGUCGCUCGGACGACAAGACCUGCGGCACAGACUACACAGGGACCAUUCCGCAGAAACAUUUCAAAAUCCGCAUCAACUGCCCGGAGGGGGCGUGCGCGAACGCGAAAAACAAUCGAUUCAAAAUCAUCGCGCGCAGCCCGACAGCGGCCUACGACUACCCGAAGUUCGACAGCCGGAACAUUUGCCGCACGAAAAUGCACGGGAGGAAUUUCGCGGGAAGGGAGAUCAUGGCCACCACACCGCUCCCCGUCGGAGUUGUGCUCCCCACCGGGAACACCGGUAUCUGUUCUGGUGUGAUCGAAUGCAACAUGAACGGCACGGUGGAGGUAUCAAAAUGAAAAAUCCCCAUUCCCCAGUUCGAAAGGGAAGUCUGUGAUGCUGUAUUUGCGUACACAAAUCAGCUUUGUCUUGCAGCAGAGCACUGUAGGCAGAUACAAAGCCCGGAAAGGGGUAGCUUGAGUUAGGUACUUAGCAUGGCAGACGUCUGCCCCAUUGGCGCAGCAGCACUACAAAGCGCCUGCGAAACGCGGCGGAGUCUCUGGCUUUGCUCUCUUGCAAGACAGACUCGAUCUGUGGCCACCAAUCAGCAUCACAAAUUUUCAAAAGCACGCCUGUUCGAUAUGGGGAGGGGGGAUUUUUCCUCACAAUAGGAGGGUGCGCCACACACCAUGAAGGAGUUCCCGCCCUACACGCAAACCGACCCGCUUAUGGAACUGUCAGGAUUGAAAUUGACGAGGUUGAAAAAUUUGUGAUGCAUAAAACCGAUACCAGUUGGAGGCCCAAUUUCCAAGCGUCGCAUGACAAAUUUCGACGUCAUCGAAAUCCAGUUUGUCAUGCUGUUUAGCGAAAGAAGGCAUCCUUUGUCACGCCACUUUACCAGCUCUAACUAUCACAAACCCGAAACAGGCUCACAAGAAUCGGUCUCACUUGCCAUCCCUGCAAGAGAGGCACUUCAUGCCUUGCGUUUUAUGCAUCACAGAUUAUUUCAACUUUGUCGAUUUCGAACCUGACACACCCAUAUCGCUGUCCACCAUCGCAUAUACCACGGGCUUCAAGUUCGACGCCGCGGAACACGACUACGAGAGGGUGAAUUUCCACAACUCCGUCGGGUUAGACAUCUGCUACUGCGACGGGCUGUGCACGCAGGACGCGGGCGCGAACUGGUUCAAAGUGGGGCAGAUUCGGUUCACGGGGGUGCGGUUGUUGUCGUCCGUUAGUCCGACCGCGAGCAACGCAAACUUGUUGUCCCUCCAAUACGUGUUAGAGCCUGGGCAGAUUGUGUUCCGAAGGGACGCGGCCGACAACGAGGUGAUGGGGUUGGCGGAGAACGGGGUCGUGAAGAUCAUCGAGCAGAUAUCGUAUUGAAAAACGUCCCCACAGCAUAGUUGUAAUGCAAAUCUGCAUGCUGCAAAUGUUUCUCAUGCGGAUCCCCAUGAGGAACAUUUUCUAGUAGUCGUGUUUUGGAAUUUGCCAUGCUCCAAUCAGCAUGAUAUGUUAGAUCUGUGAUGCUUCUGAGGUAGCUCAAACAGCACUACACUACGAGUCUAAAAAAUUUGUCAUGCAGGACAGCCAAAACUUGUAGAUUUGUCUAGCAGAUUUCCCAUCUUGAACACUCCGGUGUGCGGACAUUUUUACUGAGGAUAGCAGACCGGCGCGCACGGGUCCGAUGCGCAGUGCCAGACGAACAACAACGAGCAUUUGGCGAACCUAGUCGAGCCGGUCGGCGGUCUCUCCGCCGCCAGCGCCUACACAAAUUACCGGGGCAAGGGCGUGAACAGCGAUCGGUUGGCGUUCAACGCGGGGAAUUCGGCGAACAAAAUCACGAUCAAGAAGGCCGGGGUGAUCGGGAUCUGCUACUGCCAGUUCGCGGAUGCGAACAGCAACGGGUGCAUGCACAAGGACUACUGGAUCCUGGCCGCGCGGAUGACCAUCAAGGGGCCGACCGCCGGGCACAAUUGGAGUUUCUCGACGCAAGUGGUCUUCAAAUUGGAGUAUUUUGGCUUCGGGUUAUCGAGCGAUAACAAAUUAAGGAUAAUCUCCGGCGACGGCAAGUGCAGCGACAACAACCGAAAUCCAGAUAAGGGCUCCUACCCCUUCACCUAUUUGCAGGUCGAUGCGCCCGAAUUCGCGACAAAUGUUGGGUCGAUCACAGACACGGUUAAUGGCGAUCUGAAAACCUUGAUCACAACCUCUUCCACCUUCAACUGCGACGACAAGUUCGAAAAUUGCAAGCGAAACGACAUACGGUCGGUCACUGCGAUUUCCGAUACCGAAACGGAGGUGGAGUUUGAGCUCGACCCGGAAUUCGCGCAAGACGGGUCGGACGUGAUUACCCUAGGGGAUAACAUCAUCUGCCAUCCGAAUUCGUACCAAUGCAGUAAUGAGAAGCUGAUGGAAUUGAAGGGCGUGUUCACUUACAGUGACGCCGGGGCCAACAACGCGGCCGCGACCGACAGUUACAUGGUGGGGCACAAAAUCAAACCGACCACGGACCCGCUGAAGUGGCGUAUACAGUACGGGUGGAAGGCGGAUUGCUACUCCACAGGAAAUCCCCCGCCGCCCAACGCGUGUGCCGCGGGAGAGAACGGGCGGCCGUUGUUCCAGGUGCAAUUCGCGUCCAUCACGGCGGGUUCGAGCCCCGUAUACGGGCAGUGGGCCCGGCGAAAUCGGGCGAUGACCAAGUGGGAAAUCAAGGGAGUCCGGGACCGAACGAAUUUGCGGGUGUGCUUUCACUACGGAGGGACCGACCCGAAUCGGUUUGUAGAAGAGGUACUGGCCGCAGGUUGUAGAAGUUAUGUAAGUACUAUGAACAUUGGGGUCGUUCGUUUUCUUGAAGCUGUUUUGUUGUCAUGCGAAACAGAGCAUGGUGGGUACAAUUUCUCAUGCUGGCAAACGAAUCAUGGUUCUUUGACUUUAUCGAACUUUUCAUCAACCACCCUUUAUCAGGUCGGUUUCCUUACCCUGGUCGGCGCCAACCCGAUGCAAGACGUGCGGCUGUCCCUCACGUCCACCCUGCUCGACGCCAAAGCUCCGGUGGUGAUUUCCUUUAAGACCGCUUCUGCGACCACCGGCGCGCGGUACAGUCAGGUCGUGGGCGAGACGCAGCUGAAAUUUGUGUUGCAAGACACCAGCACGUUCGAGAUCUAUUACAGCGACGACAUCGCCUCGAGUAUCGAGGCAAAUGUAUCGCAAGAAGAAAGUGUUACAGUUACACAUUGUGUUGCAGGCCAAGCAAGACAGACAAGCUCUGUCAUGCCGGGUAUGCACAGGAGCCUCGUUUCCUAGGUGUUUUCCCGUAGGAUUUCUGCAUUACAAGUUUUCUCUCUCAUGCAGAGAAAUUUGUGUUGCUGAAUUCACUACAAAUGUGUAACUGUAACACUUUUUUCGUGGGAUAAAAUGCGUCCGAGGACGACUACGAGGAGGCGAGGCAGUACAUCUGCGGGCGAUUAUUCCGGGAGAUGUGGAGCGACGACCUGGACUACGGGUUCCCGCUGCCCAAGGGGUGCUACUACAAGAAAUACGGGUUCACGCGGGAGAUUUUCGUCGUUUUUGAAGCAAAGAACGGUUUGCGACCCGGAUACAACUACCAGGUGGUGAUGCAUGGAUCCGUUCACGGCGCUGCCACCGCGGGAGGGAAAUAUCUGGAGGUGUUCACGAUGGACGACCGGGGGAUUAACCCGUACUUGGCUAUCGAGCGGGGAGAGGCUGCUUUGUCGAAGACGCCGGAGCGAAUUUCCACUUCCGUCACCAGUCCGCGGUGGCUCAACCCGGGCGGGGUGCGGAUUCUCGAGGACUACCCGGGACAGUCGAAGGACAACGUUGUCACGUUGGUGUCCGGUGACGCACUGCGAAUGGAACUGGCGGGCGACCCGACUUACCAGAUCAAGCAGGGCGCGAUUAUCCGGCUGUAUCUCCAACCUCUAACGACCUGGAACAUCGGCUCCACCUGUCUCGCCACCGCCAUCCCCUACGACGCGGUGGCGCACCAGGGAGGCCCGGCGCAGAACUGCCAGGGCGUGCCGACGGUUCUGAACAGCUACAACAACGUCGUGAAGAUCACCAUGCCGGCGAUCAUGACCACGAUUCAGGGGUCGGUGAAGAUGCAGUUGCGGGUGCAGCACCUGACCAUGCCGAAGAACGGGUUUUUCUCCACGAGAUUAGGCGCUCAGGUCACGGACGAGUUGGAUACGAGGCCGUCGUACAUUCUCUCCGGAAACAACAACUACCUGUACAAGGAGCCGGACGCGGGCACCACCAUCGCGAAGAUCGUGACCAGCUUCGGCGACGGGAAUUCCCGCCCGUUUAAGGCGCAAACCUCGAACAUCCUCUACGUGCGGCUGCAGUUUGCGGCGACCUUGUUCGCCGCCAAUUUGAACCAGGACGCCGGGUUCGAUGUGCGACUCCCCCCGGGGUAUAACUGCACCAUUCCGGACCAAAUGGGCAUUCUCGCGACCGCGUACAACCCCUGGGCGGCGGAGUCGACGUUAAAUCUCUAUGCGCACACCGCGCCGCAGGGCCGGGGCGCGCCGACCACCAGUGAGUACGUGGCGGGCGUCACCUCGCACGGCUGGAGCGUGUUCGCGAGCGACCCGCGGUUGUGUCGGUUUCGGUUGAGGCAGUACGGCUUAAUUCCCUCCGGGUCCGCGAUCAUUGUGAAAUUCACGGUGAAUAACCCCGCGACGGCCCUCGCGCAGGACAACAAACUGAACGAGUGGACGGUGUCGCAAAUGUCCAAAGGGUAUUUCAGCCUGCCCAUGACAACGAGUCCGGUCAUCUUCAAAGCGACCAUUGAGGCAAAUUACAGCAGCAACGUCGCGGUUUUGGGGUAUUUGAGAGACACCAUCCUCCACCCGUCGGACUUUAUGGGCGCGCAGUUGUCGAACCGGGUGGUGCGGCCGCAGUUAUUCGUGUUUCUGAAAACAGAAUCCCCGGUCGGGCUGGAGGGCAUGAUCGUGUUGCAAGCGCCGAUGGAUAACGUGGUCAACGUAUUCUGUGGAAAAACGUCCUCACCCCAUAGCCAAGUUGGUAAAUCUGCAACACAAAUCUCCAAGUUUUGGGAGUUUUGCAUGACAAUUUUCCAUCUGCAGCGUCGUGCUGUUUAGCAAGGGCAGUCGCAUGAGAAAGCCAGCCUCUCAUCCUGUUAAUACAGCAUUACAAAGUCCCACACACGAUGAUUGGAAAUGCCUUUCAUGCAGAUCCGCAUUACAAAUGUUCCUGUCAUUGCACAUUUGCAUGACAUUAACUCUGGGGUGGGGACGUUUUUACACAGGAUACAACGAAAUGCAGUCGAUUCGGUUCCAAUACGACUACCCGAACUGCCACGCCAGCGAUCUAUCACGAGAAAAAAGUGUUACAGUUACACAUUGUGUUGCAGGCCCAGCAUGACAGACAACCUCUGUCAUGCCAGAAAGGCUUUUGGGCCUCGUGUCAACAUACCUGUUUUCCCUUAUGAUCUGUGCGUUGCAAGUUUUCUCUCUCAUGCGGAGAAAAUUUGUGUUGCUGAAUUAAGAGCAAAUGUGUAACUGUAACACUUUUUUCGUGGGAUACGAUCUGCCGAUGGAGUACUACGCCUUUCGACCGGGGGAAUUGACCCACCGUUUACCAAACGGGGUGAAGCAGUGCAUCUACGAGCGAACCCCCAGGAACCGGGCGAAGGUGCAGGUGAGCGGGAUCAUCGACGCAAAUAAGAAGUUCGGGUUCGCCUUGCGUAUCAAAUGCAAAAAUGUCUGGGUCUGGAAGAUUGCGAGAUUUGUCAUGCUUGUCUGGCAUGACCAAAAAGUUUGUGAUGCGUGUCCAAGAAGAGACCCUUUUGCCUGUCAUGCAAAAACACAGCUUGUCAUGCGAAAAACGCAACACAAAGAAGCGCAGAUAUUUCCCAUGCUUGGCUGUGCAUUACAGGGCAUUCAUUAUUCCCAACGCAGCAUUACAAGUUUCCAGACCCAGACAUUUUUGCAAUCCAUAUUGCGGUCGAUCAACCCGUACGUCUUCGACGUGACACAGUUGGUCAACUGGAAGAUGUAUCAAAUGCAAACAUGUCUGGGUCUGGAAGGAUGAAAGGUUUGUCGUGCACAUUUUGCAUGACUCCUGACGUCUGUGAUGCAUGCCCUAGCAUCACAGAUUUUGUGAGGUCUCCCUGAUGCCUAAACCGCAUGAGAAAUGCCCUUUCGCCGUGGCAAAAACUUGACCUGUUUUACUGUUCAUGCAAUACAGAUGUUCGUAGUGUCCAAAUGCAGCAUCACAAGUUACAUCCUUUCGGACCCAGACAUAUUUGCAAUGCAUAAGAUGUUUACGCAGGAUUCGCAAUCCCGGGACGUCGACGGCAGUUUCGACGGGGUCUUCGAUUCGGGGCAGGGCACCAUCGCGCUAACGGAGGGCAUUGGAACGACGAACUACACGGAUUUGAGCGGCAGAUCUUUUGGUCUGUACAACUACGAUUUAAACACGCCGCAGGAAAUUCGGUGCGACCUAUGCAUUGCAAAAGUAUCGUAUUAGUACAAACUGCACUACAAAUUUUAUCAGAAAGAAAAAUGGAAUUUGUAAUGCUAAAAAUUCAGGUAUUAAAAUAAAAGGUAGGUUUGUCAUGCAAAAUUGCAAUUAGUACGAGUGCGAUACUUUUGUACAGGAUACGACCUGUCGAUCAAUGACAUGCGACCAUUCGCCCUGUCCAACGUGUACUCGGAUCUGACGUUUUUCGUGCGAAACUUGCCCAUGACUCUGACCAACGUGAAACUCCGGAUUAUCGCGCCCUUUGGCUACCUAUGCAUUGCAAAUGUGUCUGAAUCUGGAAGAAUGCAAUCUUGGGAUGCGCAUUUCACAACACGGAAAAAUUUCUCAUGCAUAGGCAGCCAAAGCUGCCCACUUUCUGUCGCCAAAAUCGAGCGGCAUUUGUCAUGCGGAUUCGGCAUUGCGGAAGCUUCUCGGAUAAAUCUGUGAUGCUAGAACUUCCAUGCCAGACCUUCUGUGUCAUGCAGAAGCAGCAUGAGUCUUCCAGACCCAGACAUAUUUGCAUUCAAUACUACGAGUGGAAGCCGGGAACUAAGUGGGCCUACCGGAAUUCCGGGCCGUCCGCAACGCUUUACAGCACCAGUGCGUCCGCCGACUUUCCGCACACCAACGCGCCGACCGUGGGGCCGUUACACGUGUUGAAUUUCGCGAACCCAACGACCUACGACUUCUCCACCGCUAACAAACAUUACGGCUUCAAAGUGCCGGUACAAGUGCCGAAUUACGCACCGCACGGGUCCAUGGCAAAUUUCACGGUCGAAUUUGGUUACGAUGGCACCACCCUCGCCACCAGGCCGUUUGGCGGGGUCAUUCCGGCCCCGAAAAUUAGGGCGUUGACGUCUGCGUCGGUGGGGUACAGUACCAACGUCGCGAACCGGGAGAACAGGUUAUCGUUCACGAUCGGGACGGUCACGCAACUACCGCAAAACGGGGGGCUCGUGUUGAUCUCUCCAACGGGGUAUUUGUACGAAAAGGCGAACUGCGGGCUGGAAAACCUUCGGCCGUUACCGGAGGGGACGGUGGACCUUCCGGCGGGGACGACGUGCUCCGUAUGGUCGCCGCCGAGAGAACUGCUGGAAGAAGAUGAUUCGGUCGACGGAGCUGUUCCGACGAGAUUGCUGACAACCGCGACUCGACCCGAACUGCGGAUCACUUCGGCCCAGGGGGUGCUCUAUGAAAUGCAAAAGCAUCGCACUAGUAGAAAUCGCAUGACAAAUUCCCUCAGCAUGAAAAAUGAAAUUUGUAAUGCGGAUUGAGGUUAAGAAGGAGAUUUGUAAUGCAUGAUUGGGAUUCCUACGAGUACUUUAACUUUUGCACAGGAUAUGCUACCGCCGGCGACGUAUGGGUUUGUGCUCAUCGCAAAGAACCCAACGCUGGCGGUCUCGCAGGCGGCAAGCGUGUCGAGCAGUUGCGGAUAUACCAUGUGCUGGGAUUUCAGUACGGCGUCCGACACAACGGUAUUUUUGUGGUGUUUUGCUUUGCAAAGUGCAUGACGAAUCUAGUUUCUGUUGCUGUCUCUGCUUCACAGAAAACUGUACAAGACAAAGCCACGCAAUAAAAAAACACACAUGAUCCUACAGGUUGCCACCUCGCUCGCGUCCGCCGCGUCUUCGUAUCAAAUGUAAAAGUGUCUGGGUCUGGAAGAAUGCAUGUUUGUCAUGCUUGUCUGGCAUGACUCUUAAAUCUGUCAUGCACAUUACCCAAGAGACAAAUUUAUCUGUCAUGCAGAAACGCAGUUUGUCAUGCAGAAUAGGCAACACCUAAAAGCUCAGAAAUUUGUCAUGCUGAGCCAGCAUUUGUGGCCUCCUCAUGCUACGCCAUUCAGCAUCACAAGUUUCCAGACCCAGACAUUUUUACAUUUGAUACUUCGCAAGAUAGACCGAUCGCGGCCACUAGUUUUCCGGUGAAUGAGAGAAUGAUGGAGGCGAGGCUGCUGCUUCUCGAUCAACCUAGUGACGAGCCGGUGCGGCUCGCGACCGGGCGCGACGACCGGCCUCUGCGACCGAACAGUUUGAUUUUCUCUUUCAAACUCAAUAAGGACGCGAAGCCGCAGACCAACCCCGUGGUCUCUACCUACGACAUGAGCAUUCGCGCCCCCGAGGGGUUUUUGUUCUACGAGGACUGUUUGUCAGUCUUGGAGGUCCGGCCCACAACGGUGUUCGGCGGCCAGCCCAUGCCGGCGGACUACACCGUGUGGUCGACCGAUAUCGAGAUCACCUACUGUCUAUGACCUGCAAAACUGUCUGCGUCUGGAAACUUGUGAUGCUGGGUGGCGAUGAUUGAGCAUACCCCUGAAAGGGUCGACCAAGCAUGACAAAUGUUUCGGACACUUUCUCAUGCGUAGUGCGCAUGAGAAGCUGCGCUUUUGCAUGACAAAAGAAGGCUCCUUUAUUUCCUGGUCACGCAAUACAGAUUUUACACGAAAAAUCUAAGACACGCAACACAGGUUCCUUUCUUCCAGACCCAGACAAAUUUGCAAUCCAUACUGUCGGGGCUCCAAAAACACCGCGGUGUUUACCGUCCAGCCAAAGGACAAGGUGUAUCUGGAAGCGGCCCGGCUGUACGCGUUCCGCAUCGGGAUAAAGUCGAACCCGGAGUUCACUCCAGCCGAGAACAACUACGCUUUGGAAUUCAACGGCGAGUCUUCGGUAAACGAGCUGAUGCCGGGUUUUGUGCUCUGGACGUUCACAGAGACGAACGUGGAAACGAGGUACUACUACGAGGAUGUUUGUUAUGCUGGUGUGUAGAUUGACAGUUUGUUCGCCCUUUGUUUUUUCUUGCACAAUUGCAUGAACAUUGUUGGUUCACAUUCAUGCUUAAAGUAGCAUGACAAGUUCGAGACGCGAUGUGAAGAAAACAAAGUAACACCUCAGGUCCACGGCCCGGUCGCCCGCCAACGAAAUUCGGCAUAUUCCGGUGAAAUUCGACUUGAAGCCCCGGAAUACCAUCUCCCCCGAUCUGCCCACGCCGAAUUCCGGGGGUGUUUUGAAGUUGAUUGCCCCACAAGACUUCAAGUUUUCGCAAACCAACGGGAUCUGCAUAUCAAAGCGAAAUCCGCCACUCCAGAGUCAGGAUGGGGAUUUUGCAACACAAACCUAGAAGCUUUGGGGGUCACGCAUGCCAGAUUUCAGUUCGUACUGUAGUGCAGAUUAGCGUGGGCAGCCGCAUUACAAAUCCAUCUGCUUAUCCUGUUUACAGCAUUACAAAUUUCAAAACACGACUGGAAAUGCCUAUCAUGGGUACGCGCAUCACAAAUAUUCCUGUCAUUGGACAUCAGCAUGACAAGAACUCUGGGGUGGGGGUAUUUUUCCUUACGAUACUGCAACCGAAUCAGCAUUUACGCUGGGCCGCAUGUGAUCACCGUGGAUAAGGAGGAUGUCCAGCUGGCAGAGGAAUUUUGGUCGGCCAACGACAUCCGGUGCCGAGUGCAAGCCGCGGUUCCGGCAACGGACGAUGGGCAAAUUGGGCCGGAUCGGGUCUUGUUAUUGUACCUGAACAGUGACAAGGCCUUCAUGGCGCACCGGAAAUACAGGGUACGGAAAUGAAUGUACUGUUUUUUUUCUUCAAAAGAGCUCUUCGCACGACGAGUUUUUGACACUUUACUUGUGAUGUGGUCAUGAUGAAAAAGAAAAUUACAGCACUCGCUAUCGCUAUCAUCUUCGCAUUUUUGGAGGACAAAGUCUCGCUGCAGAUCGAUUCUGAGAUUUAACUUACGCAAUAGCAGAAUGAAAUUACUCCAUCACCAAAUACUCUCAGCUGCAACUGGACGUGCAAAACCCCUUGCUCGCAUUGGAGGAGUUUCUUUACAAGUUUUUCGUCGUGUCCUACUCCUACGAGGACAUGCGCGCGGGCUCGGAAUUAGACGAGAUGAGAAUACCGGCGUACGAGGUGAACCACGUGAUGAAGCGGUUUUUCCUGCGAUAUCGGAAACAAAAAUCCCCGCUCCCCGUAUCAAAACGGAAUUUCUGAUGCUGGAUUUGUGUACACGAAUCAGCUUUGUAUUGCAGAGAGGCACUGCGGCCAGAUCCCCAGGCUAGGUAGGGGCGUAUGGGUCUAGUUGUUCAGCACGGCAAACGACUCCCCUUUCGGCCCAAUAGCAUGACAAACCGCCUCCAUAAUAGGGCGGAAGCUUCUGCCCUUGUCUUCUUGCAAAACAAAUGCGAUUUGUUACCUCAAUUCAGCAAUGCAAAUUUUCGGAAGCAUACCUUUUCAAUAUGGGGAGGGGGGAUUUUUCCUUACGAUAUGCGAAACGAAAACGCCCAGUUUCAGCCGAUCCGGAACUAUCAACUGCAAAUAUUAGUCUGGGUCUGGAAGAAUGCCAGACUUGUCAUGCAGGUUUUCCAUGACCCAUGAGGUCUGGUAUGUAGGACAUAGCAUGACAGAUUCUGUGAUACAUAGUUCUAUCUAUGAUGCCUAUUCUGCAUGAGAACAAACUGCAUCUCGAUUAGGUCACAAGUGGACACCAGCUUUUGGUAAUCACGCAGCACAGAUUUUUAAGUACAUGAUUCAGAUUUAGCAUGACAAGUUCCAACCUUCCAGACCCAGACAUAUUUGCAAUGCAUAGGAACGGUAUGACCGCGAUUCCGAACCUGUUUGUCCACUUCGAAAGCCCAGUGAGGAUGGACCCCGGACACCAGGUGGUCUAUAUCGCGCCCACAACCUUUCAAUUGACCAAACAGCUGAUCGGAAGUACAGGAUGAUGAUUUUUUUUGCCGUUGGUUCUUUAACAAGCUGGUUGUGUUUCGACGAUUCCUGUUUGUAGACAACAUGACAAUUGCUAUGUUUGUUCGCAUGAGAAGUUGUGAAAAAAAGUUUCGCAUGCGUCGAAGAAUUGAUGAAGAACCUGAACAAAAUUCUAUAUCAGGCACGGCAGUGCACAACACAGAGUGCAACGAGUUCAAAUUUGACCCGGUCGAUAUCGCAAGAAAAAGCUGUUUCACUGUAAACUUGUAAUGCGCAAAAUGGAACACAGAAGCAUUUGCACAAAGUGGAAAGAAGCUUGCAUGGCAAAUUUUCUCUGUCAUGCGGAACAAGCUUGUAAUGCAAAAGUUGCAAAAUGCUUACAGUGAAACACUUUCUUCCUGUGAUAGUCGAUGCGCUCUACCUCGGCCCCCAAUCGACGGUGUUUUGCUACAAAAAUCUGAUCGUGAUGGAUGUGGUUAGUUUCACCGUGCCCAAGGACACCGCCGUGAAAUUCCGAAUUAACACGGUAAACCCCCCGGCGACUCCCGAGCUGUUCGAUAACUUUUGGCGCGUGUACCAUUACAAAAAAACCGUCUACGACAAUAUGACCUGCUCAAACGUGACAAUCUCAAACGUUACAAUAGAAUCUGGAUUUUGUCUUGCAUGAAAAGCAUGAGGAACGUAUGUAGGUUUGCGCCUUUCGCAAUACAAAUUUCGCCGGAUAUCAAUUGGGUUUCGGGCUCCGAAACUUGUCAUGCGCAAACCUAUGGGUUGUACGGUAGUGCAUGCACUUCCUGCAUCACAGAUUUCCACAUUCUACUGUAACGUUUGAGAUUGUAACAGCUGGGAGCGUUAUAGACAGCACCGCGGCCAAAACUUCGGCCACGGUCGCCGAGUCGUUGCUGCAGCUGGACCCGCUUCUGCUGACCAAAGACACUGCCGGGAGCCCGCAGCUGAUGGCCAGCGACAUUUGGGAGUCUUGGCAGAUUUUGCCGCAAUUAAUGGGCGUGCAGAUCCGGCUCGGCCUGCUGCCAAACGCCAACCGGGCCGCGGGGUCCAGGUCUGACAUCGAAUUUCGGUUUGUGUCGGUCAGCGUGGCAAACGAGGUUCGACUAACCGCGGACUCCCCGGCGGGAUUCGAUUUCACGCUGGCAAAACUCGUCACCGGGCAGGAGAUCAAAACCGUGGAUGGUAAUCAUGCAUUACAAAUCCUUUUGUUAAGGUAAAUCCGCAUUACAAAUUUUAUUUCUCAUGCUGAGGAAAUGCAUUUAUACGAAGUUCAGAAGAAACCACAAACACCAAGGUGCUACGAUCUCCAUCCGGGCAAACAUAAAUCCGGCGGUAAUUUCGACGACGGUCAUUCACUUACAGGAGGUGAAACUUGGAGCCAUUGGGUCGCCAACGAUCUUCUCCAUCACGACGUAUAGUUUUGAUUUGAUAAUUUUUUUUUUUUGUAAUGCAGGGGCACCUAUCACCUGUAAAGUUUGUCAUGCGCCGUCGUGCAUACCACAUGUAAGUGAAAAAUAUUAUCACAGGCUUCUGAACGGGGUGACGAAAGACGAAAAGCUCGGUUUUCAGUAUGGGUUUUCCCAGCCCGGAAAGAUCUCCUCUUUCCGCAUAUCCAAGAAAAAAACUGUGUUAGUGUAACUUUCUUUGGUUGGCAGCAUUACAAAUUUGCUCCACAUGACAGAGAAAACCUGUCAUGCGUGGCUUGUAAGGGAAAAGACACAUGAAAAGAGGGCUGCAUGGUUGUCUGGCAUGACAAGUGUAAGUCUGUUGCAUUUUCUGCAUUACAGAGUUACACUUCCACAGUUUUUUUCUUGCAUACCGCACGCCCCGCCUGUACUCCGGGUUUUCCAUGCACCCAGUGCAGUACCCGAUCAAGGAAAAGCUGCCCAUGCGGAUCGACAGCCCGGCCUAUGCGGAUUUCUUCAUCAUGCUGUCCACGGACGCCCCCGCGGGGUCCUACUUCACCGUAUCCGGACCGCCGUAUCAAAUCAUGAAGUAUCCUGAGUAAAAAUGUUGCCACCCCACAGUCAAGAUUGGAAAUCUGCUAGACAAAUCAACAAGCUUUGGCUGUUGCGCAUGACAGCUUUGGCCUUGUAGUGUAAUCCUGUUGAGCUAGUUCAGUAGCGUCACAGAUCCGGCUUGUAGUGCUGACUCGGGCAUGACAAAUCUCAAGUCGCCACUAGAAAACGCCUCUCGUGUGUCUCUGCAUGAGAAACAUUUUAAGCAUGCAGAUCUGCAUUACAGCUCUGGGGUUGGGACGUUUUUACACAGGAUAUGAACCAAAAUUUCGCGAUCCACGAGUACGAUGCCGAGCACCUGAUGAUCGAUAGCAUGUUCAAGAAAGUCGGCACGGCCGUGUCGUUCUCGGUGAUUUCCUACGGCGGGGGCCAGAUCGACGUGCAGUUGCAGGAGACCCUGAAAAAGGAGACGCACUACGUGAUCACGGUGUUCAUGCAAACCCCCACCAUGUAUGCGUUGCAAAUAUGUCUGGGUCUGGAAAGAAUGGGAUUUGUGAUGCUAACUGUCGACGAUAGAGAAACCUGUAUUGCGUAAGUAGCAAGAGAUCCUUUAAAUUUUUGCCAAGCGGAGAGGGCAUUUCUCAUGCAGAAUAGGCAUCAGCAAGGCUUUGCGAGAACUGUGUGUGAUGCUACAGCAUGCAUCACAGGCAUCGCGGGUCAUGUACAAUUGUGCAUGACAGACUCCCCGAAUCUUCCCGACCCAGACAUAUUUGCAAUCCAUACCAUGCCCGGAGAAACCUGGCGAAUCGAGACCAGGUCGUGGAAGAGCACGCUGGCUCCGGAGUGCCAGCCGCAGCAACUGGACCCCUCGAUCGCCGUGUUGACGGAAAUCCAGUGCCUCCCGUCCAACACGAACGACGGGGACCAGGGCGGGUUCCACCUGGUCGGCAAAAUCGCCGUCACGGCGUCCGCGCCCGGUGGGAGCCCGCCCUUGGCGAAGCUGACCACCCUAUCCCGUGUAAAAACGUCCCCACCCCAGAGUCAAGAUGGGGAUUUUGCAACACAAACCUAGAACUUUUGGGGGUCACGCAUGACAAGUUGCGGGCUGUACUGUAGUGCAGCAUAGCAAGGGAAUUCGCAUAGCAAAUCCGUCUCUUUAUCCUGUUUACAGCAUUACAAGUUUCAAAACACGAUGGGGAGUGCCUCUCAUGGGGAUGCGCAUUGCAAAUGCUCUUGUGCUUGCAAAUUUGCAUGACAACUCUGGGGUGGGGAUGUUUUUGCGUAGGAUACACCCGCGUGCGCAUCAACCCCGCAGCCGCGACCCCGAACCGGUUGCGCAUCGUAUGGAUUGCAAAAAUAUCUAGGUCUGGAAGGAGGCAGGGUUUGUCAUGCUUGUCUGGCAUGACUGAGGGGCUUGUGAUGCGCGGCUAAGAAGAGAUCCUUUUGCUUGUCAUGCAAAAACGCAGUCUGUCAUGCGGAAACCGCAACACUCAGGCACGAAAGUACUUCUCAUGCUAGGCUGUGCAUUGCAGAGCAGUCACUAUUUCCCACUCAGCAUUACAAGUUUCCAGACCCAGACAUAUUUGCAAUCCAUACAUCGUGGCGCCGAGCAACUUCAACUUUACUGAGGGAAACUCGCUGCUGACUUCGAGUCUCGACGUGCUGGAGUGUCGGCAGGGGCCACCCAUGGCGAGCCGAAACACGGCGCUCUGCACCUGCCGGCCCGACGGGCUGCAGUCCGAAGUGUCCAUAGACCUACUGAUGGUGCCGCCCAGGAUAUCCUAUGUAAAAACGUCCCCACACCAUAGUCAAGAUGGGAAAUCUGCUAGACAAAUCACACAGCUUUCGUUGUUUGGCAUGACAAGCUUGUCCUCGUAGUGUAAUCCUAUUGCGCUAGCUCAGAAGCAUGACAGAUCUAGCACAUCGUGCUGAUUCUAGCAUCACAAAUUCCAAAGCACGAAUGGAAAAUACUUCUCAUAGGGCUCCGCAUGAGAAACUUUUUUGGCAUGCAGAAUUGCAUGACAACUCUGGUGUGGGGACGUUUUUACUCAGGAUACAGGAAAACGCCCGUGCCCACGGCCUGGUUUGUGAUCGGGGAGGAUUCCGUAUCCAACGAAAAAACUGUUUCACUGUGAGCCUGUGAUGCAUGGAAUGGAGCACAAAACUAUUUGUUUUGCUACACAUGCAAGACAUUUGAUUUAUUUUAAGGGCGUUUUCCCUUGGGAAGUGCGCAUGACAGAUUUUCUGUGCCAUGUGUAACAAGCUUGUGAUGCAGAUCUUGCAAAAUCAUCACAGUGAUGAAAUAGUUUUUUCCUGCGAUAUUCCGUAUCCAACGCCAUCGUCGCGUGGGGCGAGGACCCCAUCGGGUACCCGAUACAGCAAAUGGCCGAGACCACAGUUUUGUACACCGCGGUGCCGUAUGCAAUGCAAAAGCCUCGUACUAGUAUAGAUUGCAUUACAAAUUGGCUUAGCAUUACAAAUUGAAUUUGUAAUGCGGAUUUGUAAUGCGGAUUUGCCUUAAGAAAAAGAUUUGUAAUGCAUAAACGCAAUUAGUACGAGUACGAUACUUUUGCACAGGAUAUGCCGGGGGUCGAGUCCGAGAUUACCAUAGGCUUCAAAUCCUCCAUCACCCUCGAGGGCGGGGGAACGAUUCUGGUGCUAGUCCCCGAGGCGUUCGAGGUGAACUGCGAGGACGGAAAUCUGAAGCCGAUUUCUCUAUGAGAGUGCACAACUCCCUCUGCCCCUCAUUUGUCAUGCAAAAUACCAAAUCCUGGCUCUGCCUCUUGGCACUGUUUGCAUGACAAGUUCUGGUUGUAGCCCUAAUAUCGCUACAAUCGCAAUAUAGUGCAAAUUUGUCAUGCAAAACCGGCAUUCUUUCUGAUGCUUGUAUUGCCGUUCCUGCAGCUAUACAAAUGAGGGCGAGGGGGAGUAGUUGUGCACUGUCAUACUCUCUCAUCGGCGACGUGAAGUGUGAGCAGGGGGGCAACAACCAGGUGCGGUUGAAACUGUCGUCUACUUUACCCGCUGCACAGUACGCGUUUUCGAUGCGAACCAUGGUGCCGCAGACCACACCCGUGAACAACCGGUUCUCUCUAUGGAUUGCAAAUAUGUCUGGGUCUGGAAGGAUGCCAACUUGUGAUGCUGCCUUUGGAUUCUACACAGAAUUCGUAUUGCAUGAACUGCAAUUUGUAGAGGGAUCAAGUUUUUGCUACGCGGAGAGGGCAUUUCUCAUGCGGCAUGAACAUCAGGAAGCCCUUGAAAAAUCUGCGAUGCUAGGGCAUGCAUCACAGACGCCAGGGGUUAUGCAAACUGCGCAUGACAAACAUCUGCAUUCAUCCAGACCCAGACAUAUUUGCAUUCCAUACUCUGUGUUGCUCUACGACUUGCAGAAAGAAGUGCGGGAUGCCGCAAUGGACCGAGAAGGCCUGAAAAUGCUUAGCGGGAUCGACAUUCGCUGUACAGAAGUCUUCGUUUGUUUGAAUGAUUUUUAGAACAUGAUGAUGAUGACGAUGAUGAGAAUGUUAGUUUGUCGCUCUUUCCUCACUGGACAAAAGUCACGAGAGGUGUCCAACUUCGUCGUGCCUAGGAUCGCAAAAAUAAAAAUUCAUUUUCAGUCUCCGACCUGAGCUGGAACCGAGCAGACGCCAACAAGAAGUCGGACAUGACCGUAGCGUUCACCGUGUACGAAUCAACAACCUCCUUUGGCUAUCAAGUGCAAAGUACUUGUCUGGUUCCUUUGGAAGAGUGCAAGAUUUGUCAUACAUCUCACGCACCACAUGAGAAAUUCGGCUUCUUGCUUAGCAAGAAGAGCCUAAGCAUGCAACACGGAAAAGCCUGUGGUCGAGACUCCGCAUGACAAGCUGCAUCGCUCCUGAGGACCCAGACUAUCUUUUUGCAAUGUAUAUCCGCGACCGGUCGCUGCGAGACCUCGGUGAGGUGUUGAUCAAUUUUAUCCACAGGAGAAAAUUUUCCGUACAGGUGCACAUGCGGUCUCUGCAUGACAAAACUGAGCUUCGAUUCUGGUUUAGCCUGACAAAGUGGCUGCACACGACUCCUACGUGGUGAAAUUUGUGAUGCUUCUUGUACAUUAUGUACGGGAAAUUUGUAUUGCAUAAAUUUUCCCGAGGGAUUUUUCCACACCAUCGUCAGCUUUUCCGAGGUAAAAACCGCACUGAACGGACAGCCGGGCGGUAUGCCCUUGGUCAUGGAUGAGGACGAUGUGCCCAGAUGGCUGGAUUCCACACAGCAGGACCGGCUCAGGAUUUCGCUGAUGACGGGACCAGACGUGGAUCCCUCCGGGCUGCAGCUAUGCCAUGCAAAUAUAUAAUAUUCGAUCUGGGUCUGGAAUAAAGAAGCAAACCCAGCAGACUUUUGUUGAUGCGUACUGUUCACAUAGAGAAGAAUUUCGCAUGCAUCAUGAACAGGAAGAAAAGCUGAUGCCGAUUUUUUGUCACUGAAAAAGGUACUAGCUGAGGCAUGGAAGAGUCAUCUCCAUAAAGCCUGUCAUGCUACUUCUAGGGCUUGCAUGUCCAACAUGUCGGAGACCUUCUUGGUCACGCGAAAACAGCAUGAUGCAUGGUACAACUUAUUUCAGAUCUACACUGUGGUCUGAUGAUCCAGACCUAGGCAACAUAUUUGCAGGGGAUAGCAGCAACAGGGAACCUAUUCCUUCUCUUUCCAGGCCGUGGUUCCAGCACAGAUACCGCCCUACAACGUAAAAAUAUAUUGAAAAGUCGUUUUUUUUUUCUUCCAUUUGCAUUCAUUGCAUUCAGCCAGGCCUCUAGCACUGCCACUAGAGACAGUCUCAGUUUGUCUUCAGAUGCUGUGCGUGUUGUCGUGUGCUGCUCAUAACUUUUCCGAAUCCGGUUUGUCCGUGUUGUGGGUGGUGUUCCACAAUAACGUUGUUGUGGAAACUAAGUAUGCACUUGCGAAAAUUGAUCUCUGCAUUUUAUCUGCACCGCGACAUUAAUGUUAAAUUAUCGAAAUUCAAAUUCUUGCCCAGGUGUGGACGGUGUCUUUGUGCGAAGGUAGCGGGGGCUGCAUCAGUGCGUUCGAUUCCAGCGUGAAGUUAGCCUUUCCAGUUCCGGGGUUUGUGCACGGGCAGUUGGCCGUAUGACAAUGCACAACUCGUCUCCCUCGUUCUCAUUUGUCAUGCAAAACACAACUGCCACACUUUCCCUCCUGUGACUACUAUGCAUCGCUACAAUCCUGGGUGAAUUUGCCAUGCAAAACCUGCAUUCGUGCCGACACUUAAAUUGCUGUUCAUGCCAUACAAAUGAGGGGGAGGGGGAGUUGUGCACUCCCAUAGGCCGCCAAUGCGGGCGACGCACCCGCGGCCAGCGGUGCUUCCAGUGGCAACGGGGACGACGCCGAGGCCAGCGCAGCCUUUGCCGCGAAACAGAUUCCGUGGAUGUUGCUCCUGGCGGCGGUUGGAAGUUCCGUAUUUGCCGUGGUGGCGUAGUUUGCUAGAAAGAGACGAGAAAUAGCAGACGUACACCACAGCAAGGACGACAAAACGGAGAGUAGAACCACUACUAGUUCUUUAGCAGACACAGUGCUUCUCCAUGUAGCACACUUUAAAGAAUAUCAUCUUAGUUUACAACCUCUGAAACGCAAAAUAGUACUACACGAACAACUUCACCAUCAGUUUCUUUCUAUAGCAAAAACUACGAAUUUACUUCACAACUUCACACUAAAAAUCAUCGUAAUCAUUAGACAGGGUCGUAAACAUUAGACAGGGUCGUAAUUACAUCUCGAACUCAACUCGGUCUAGGUACUACAAUAUAAAUCGGUAAGCGCGUGUUUAUCUCUAAUCUGCGAUGCGUAUUUUUCGUUCGUCAACGUCCUCUGCUGCUAUAAGGUGUUUGUCUGUUUGGUUGAAGAUAUACAUGAAAAUAGCAAAAGAAAAAUAUUCUGAAGAACAAGAUGCGAGCGCCUCCCCGUUGACGGGGAGGCGCAUCCUUGAAGAUGACCAAUUUUUUCCAAAAUGUAGGCAAGCUCUGUUUUUCUGUUCCGUAAUAUUCUAUUUUUUUGAAAAUGAGGCCAAGCUCUUCCUGGACUUUAUCAGCAACCAGCGCGCAAGAAACCAGAUAGGAGUCCGACAAAUCUAGUUGCCCUGGGUCGAGCACACACUCUCUUUGUAGGGUGUGUGUUGCUGAUCUUGUUUUUACAUGAUGGACAUUAUACACAGGGGAGAAACAGAUUGCUUUCUGGGCCAUUGCGUCGGUGGAUCGUGGGCGACUUGUUGCAGUUUUCAAAGAAAAACGACUCUGCUGCUAGUCAAGCAUGAGAAGCCAGAAUCAAUGUGCUUCAGUUUGUAUUUUGAUAGGUAUGCAAUACAGGUGGGGGGAGGCCGCAAUCUGUUUCAAACCUGUCUUGCAUGGAAAAUAGACCCAGGGUAAAAAGAUAAGAGUAUCAAAUGAAAAGCAGUAACUGCGCACAGUUACUGCUUUUUUCCAUAAGUAUAGGCCGGACAAGGUGCAGCAGCUAGUGGACGGGAAAAAAGGUGGUGAAUUGAGUAUGCUCUGCACUAGCCGGGAAGACCGCUGCGACGCAUUGUAUGAGGGGCUAUUGGUCAUGAGUUGCUUGAUUGCAACAGCCUCGCGUCAAGGCAAAUGGCUUCAGUUUUAUAUGUGCGGCUGGGGCAUCAACCCCGGGAGGAUCAUUUUAUAUAGUAGAGAAAUCGGUCUAAGGAAAGGGAGCUUGUUGUUGGGGGUGUGAACGUCAAGUGCUUGGCAGGCAGAUUCAGAACAAGACAGACCCUGCGUUCCCUUCAUCCAGUGAGGCCAGACCAGGAAGGGGAGCGCGCGGGGCCCGGCCGGGGCGCGGGGGGUGCUGCGCCUCUGGUCUGAAUCUGCUUGGCACACUGUGACACCUUGCACCUGUAUCCGCGUACCAGCCUUAUUUUUAUCCCCCUUGCUGGCGCAACCAACAAUGAGAUCCUGAGCAGAACCAUUUUGCGAAUGAGUAAGAUUUUUUUCUAGUAGUCAGGAAAGUGGACCACUGUCCAUGCUUGAUCCAGUCCUCCCUUGGCAAAAAAAAAAAAAAAAAAACUUCACGCUAAAAAUCAAAAAAACAGUCAAUCAUCAAUACCUUCGAAACAUCAACAGCUAAGAAAUUUCAGUCAGAUAAAGUCAAUACUUAAUUCAAUUUUACCAGCAGAAGACGAUAAUGCAACGAAACAGCGCAAAUGCAGUGUGUGUAGUGGCGGGGGCGGGCCACAGCGCAGCAGGUGCAGCGUCGGUUUGAUAUGAAUAUGUAAAAACGUCAUCAGCUUUCUUUCGAAUCCUCAUUUGGUAUUAAGUACGAGAUGAACUCAAGUUCACCCAUGUCUUUAGCAGGACUCUCUUUGUUAAAAAGCAAAAUCUAUUUCUCGAAGCCACACACUUCACCUGCGUACGGGGUUUUGUUUCGACUUCGACGAAAGCGAAGCAGACCCAGAGACGAGCGACAUCGUCGCGCAGGUUGACAGAACUUAUCUACUUCUAGGACUCUCUUUUCUACUAUCCCUCAAUAAAAAACCAGUUGUAAACAACCUCCACCUUGCUUCAACAGUACACCACCUCCAUAGAAGAAUUCUUGCAAUGGAAUUAGAUCAGGACGGACUGGCAGGUUUUGUCGAGAAGUCCUGGUUCUUUUUACAACAGCCUCUCGAACGUCGACCUGACAUCAACAGCACCAGAUGUCAAAGGAGAGGAGGUGAACGAGAACUCCUAAAAAAGGGGUGCACCACCACCACGACCUCCGCCACCCAGCACCACCAGCAGAACAAGUAGCUUCCUCUUUACAACUGUUGUGACCUAAUAAUUACAGAAGCAAUACGAGUGGUAGCAGCGUCCUUCUAAAUUUAUUUCUAGUCCCGUUGAUAAUUAUUCGCCGUGCUAUUCCUGUUUUAUUUCCACUAAGUACAAAAAGAAGUCGAGAAAGACUCUAGAACAGACAGAAAGAAUGAUCGAAAGAACUUCUACCGCAGGACUACUCCUGCCGCUCAAACUGUCGCAUGAGCGAGCUCUUGCAGCUCGUGCUGC